AUGAUCGGGACGGCGGAGGGCUCCGCCAACACCCGCCGCGUAGAACCGCGCGCCGAGCUCCAUGUAGCGACGGAGCGGAAUGAGCAAGAGGUGCGCGAGGAGUGGGAGAGGGCGGAGAAGGAGAAGGCGGACGCGGCCAAGGAAGUGCAGGAGGAGGCUGAUGCGGCAGCUAAGGCUCAGGCCGACGCCACGGCGAAGGCCCAGGCGGACGCGGCCGCCAAGGAGCAAGCGGAGGAGGCAGCCCAUAGCCAAACCCCGCGACUCAUCAUCCCUCUGAACUCCGUGCCGCCGGCACCGGAGACCCAGGCGCCGACUGGAAGAGCCGUCGACGAUCAGCCGGUCAUGGAGAGAAAAGGGAGCGACCCCGUCAUCAUGGAGGAGAAAGCGACCCCGCCCACGCCGACUGUCACCGCGCAGACAAAUCAGCCUAAAGCACCGCUGUCGGCGUCAGUAACGAUUGCCGCCUCUCAUACUGUAGAGGUCUCCGGACUAAAUCAAAGUCUGGAGCAGGCUACGGAAGAGUUGGGCCAGUUGAAAAGGCAGUUGGAGGAUAAACAAGGGGCGAUGACCGAAGUCGAGGCUCUUGAAAGGGUUGUGGCCGAGGACGAGAGAAAGGCAGCCGCAGAGCGGGCUCUUCGUGGGAAGUACGAGGCCAAGGUUAUUGAAGCUGAGCAAGAGCUUCAAGAGGUCAUGAAAAAAUGCAAGGCCGUGGAGCGGAGUCUAAUGGAGAAAGAGUCUGAACUUACCAAGGCUCAUCAGGCCGCAUGCGAUGCCCAGGGGGAAACCCAAGGUGCCCUGAAGGAGAUCCAAGAGGCGAGGAAGAUCGCGGCGGGUAAGGCUUGCUCCGUGUAA